CUCCUCCCCCUCUCCUCCUCCUCAGCCUCUCAGCUUCUGGUUUCGGUUUAUCAGAUGUAGGAAGUGACAGGCGGGACAGCUCGGACUCAGGCCUCUGCUGCUCCGGACUUUCCCCACUUUACCAUGCAGCAGGAAUAGCAGGAGAAUGGCCGACGGAGAGGUGUAGGUGCCAGGGCGUCACUGGGCCGAGAGUUUCUGAGCAGUUUUGCCUUUAUUGACUGCUAGGUUCCCCGACAGACGUCACACUGCUGUGUCGCAACGGCAGUGGGAAGGAAGCCAUUAAGAAUAUGGUACAUGAGGAGAAAUGGAAGAGCAGGCACAUUGAGUGCCCACAAUAUUCUGGACAAUGGAUUUUAACAGACAACUUUUUUCUAUUGAUUCUCAACUUGCCCAAGAGGAUUUGGAGUCUUUGAAAUUUCUUUGUGUGGAUUUAAUUUCCAACAAGAGACUAUUAGCAAUAAAAUCAAGUCUAGAUCUUUUUAGAGAGCUCCAGAAGCAGAGUCUACUUGAAGAAGACAAGUAUGAUCUCCUGGCUGAACUGCUUUAUAUUAUAGGCCAACACAGUUUACUAAGAAUCCUGGGCACCAAUAAGUGGAUUGUGCAAGAGACAUUAAAAAAGAAGAGGAAUGUGUCUUCGUAUAGGCAAAUGCUUUUUGAACUUUAUGAAGACAUCACCUCUGAAGACCUGAAAAGUAUAAUAUUCCUCCUAGAUGUUCCAAAGAAGUAUUCAGAAAACAAGAAAUUCCUUGAUAUUUUGUGUUAUCUAGAAAAAAAUGACCAAUUGUCUGAGACUAAAUUGGACGUCCUGGAAAAAGUCCUAGGCGUUGUUUCACUGGAACUUCUAAAGAUAAUAGAUGACUACAAGAAGACAAGAGAAAUACAAACUGCAGGACCUCAAUUCUUGUCCCCUGAAGAUACGUUUUAUGACAAGACCCCACUUUCCAAAGAGGUAACAGAAGUUUCAACCGAAGACAAAGAAGAGGAGAGUAUUAGAGAAUAUUUUCAGCAUGUGACCGAGACAGUCAAAGAAAAAGAUCUUAUGACUGAAAAUACUGAAAUAUGCAUUUCUGAUCUUAAUCUGAAUGAACAGCCAAAACAAGAGCUUGAUAUCCUACAGGUGUAUCCAAUGAAUCGGAAACACAGAGGCUACUGCUUGGUUAUUAAUAAUUCUGAAUUUAUGAAGAGUGAUCCAAGACGAGGGACUGAAAAAGAUGCAGAGUUCCUAAAUAAUGUGUUUACAUGGCUGGGUCUGGAAGUGGAGAUUCGCAAAGACAUGUCAACACUGCAAAUCCAUGAAUGCUUGAAAGAGUUCCAGAACAGGGAUCAUACGGAGAGAGACUGCUUUGUUUGCUGUAUUUUGACUCAUGGAAAAUCACAAGCAGUCUAUGGGUCUGACAGUGAAAUUAUACUUUUAAGUGAAGUGACAUCAUAUUUCUCUUCCACAAAUUGCUCAACAUUGGCUGAAAAACCAAAGUUGUUCUUUAUACAGGCGUGUCAAGGAAAAAGUUUUCAAGGUGCACAUGCUAUUGAAGCAGAUGCAAUUUCUUCUGUUGACGAGAAGAGAGAUAGAAGAACAAUACCUGAUGAUGCAGAUAUUUUAAUUGGAAUGUCAACAGUGGAUGGCUACUACUCAUUUCGUGAUAUCCGAAAAGGGUCAUGGUACAUCCAAGCUCUAUGUGAAAAUUUGGCACAAAUGGUCCCGAGAGGAGAAGAUAUUUUGUCCAUUUUGACAAAAGUCAACAAAGAUGUCAGUGAUUUGGAGUACAUGAAAUAUGGCAAGACCAUUAAACAAAUGCCACAGCCAACUUAUACUCUACGAAGAAAGAUACAUCAGAAUGCUAAAUGCAGAACAUUUCAUCUUAUCGCUUUGCCUGUAGCUAAGACUGGAGCCUUGAGAUGGAGACUAUGGAUACAAGACGUCUAAACAUUGGAUUUUGUGGAAAGAUGCUGAAAUCUUAAGCUAAGAGGACUUGCAAGAUAAUGAUUUAUGCUACGCCACUCUCAAAUGACCAAUCAGCAUAUAGAACGAUGCAUAAUUUUACCUUUCACCCUCCCCUUUUUCUCAGUUUGUAAAAACCAAAUUUACUUCCUGUAAUAAACAGAACUCCCUGGGGUAGCGAGGAGAGAACCCAUGCCAACCUGGCCUGGUGUGAAUUUUCUUAUGUCGGAAAUUAGUAUAGCGGUAGUCACUCACAGAUU